UCGGCUUCCGUAUGUGUCGACGUCAGACGCCACGCCGCGCUGAGCGUGUUGAGGUCACUGGCGUCCGUGGAAAAAUAAGCAUGGAAGUGGCACCGGGUAGCUGCCGAGCUCGAAAGCCGGGAAAGAAAGGUGGAAAAGCAGUUAAACCCCAGACUGCUGUAGAAAUAGCUAAAAGGAGAGAGGCCUUGAGAGAGUCGCUUCGACAGAAGCUUGAGUUAGAGCAGAAGGCCCUUCGCAUCGUAGAGCGCCUCCUGGAGGACAGUGUCACAGAUGAGUUUCUUGUUGACUGUGCCAGGUUCAUCGCGCCAGCUAACUACACAGACACUGUGGAGGAGAGGUCGAUUGCCAAGAUGUGUGGCUAUCCCCUCUGCUCAAACAAACUUGUCAACGUUCCGAAGCAACAAUAUAAAAUUUCCACCAAAACCAACAGGGUAUAUGACAUCACAGAGCGAAAGUGCUUCUGCAGUAACUUCUGCUACAGUGCCUCGAAAUAUUUCUCCAGUCAGAUUUCCAAGACACCCCUCUGGCUGCGAGGGGACGAGAGGCCCCCUGAUGUUCAGCUGCUGCAGGAAGGGGAGAGCGGCAGGUCUGGAGAAGAGGUGAAGCUUGCUGAGCAGCCUGUCACCGAGGGUGACAUUGAGAACCCCGGUGCUGAGAUGGCGCCCCCUACUGACUCCUCGGACAGCGAAGGCAAAAGCAGUGACUCUGAGCAGGAGUUUGUGUCCAGCGUGGUCUCAGGGGGACGGUCGGUGCCCAUGAAGACACAGCCGGGGGAGCAGACCAGGACCGGGCGUCGCCCAGCGGGCAAGAAGCGGGUGACAUUUAGGGACACGACCCACACAAGCAGCAUGGAGACACGUACAAGUGUGAACAGCGGAGGGGCAGGAGAGCUGAGACAUGAGGGGGAGGAGGGACGUCGGAAGUGUACUGCGGAGGAAACCUGCCUCCUCCUGAGCUCAUGCAGCCUGGAGGGAGAGGGAGCACAGGCUGCUCCCCCUCUUCCGGGCCAAAGCCCAGAGCAGCUAGCAGCUAACGCCCCGCCCACUGUUAACGCCCCACCUACAACUAACACCCCACCCAGCGUUAUCACCUCAACCAUUGCUAACGCCCCGCCCACUGUUAACGCCCCGCCCACUGUUAACACCCCACCCAGCGUUAUCACCUCACCCACUGCUAACGCCCCACCUAGCGUUAACAUCCCGUCUACAGCUAACACCCCACCCAGCGUUGUCACCCCGCCCACUGUUAAUGCCCCGUCCAGAGCUAAUGCCCUGCCCAGCGUUAACGCCCCGCCCACAGUUAAUUCCCCGCCCGGCGUUAACGCCCCGCCCACAGCUAAUUCCCCGCCCGGCGUUAACUCCCCGCCCAUAGCUAACGCUCCGCCCAAUCCUCACACGCCACCUACCUCAAAUGCCCCUCCCACCACUAAUGCCCCGACCGCAGUUCAUGCCCCAUCCAGUGCUAACCAAGGUUUCACCCAGGUGGGCAUGAGCAGGAAGGGUGCGGCUGGCUUGCGGGGUCUGCUGGGACUGGGGGCGGUGGGGGGGGGCCGGGCCGGUCCCCAGGCACUCAGGACCACCAUGCUGGAGGGCUUGAGGAGCACGCUGACAGAAUGGAGGACCCAGGAGACUCUGCACCUCCUCUAUGGGCCUGGUUAUGGUUCCUGGGACGUGGAGGAGGAACCAGAUGAAGACGAGCUGGAUGAGGAUGACCUGGAGGAGUGUGUGGAAGACCCCGUUAAGCGACCCGCGGGGACGCUGGGGGGGAGGGUAACAACCCCGGUCCCAGACUACGAAACCCUGCGCAAGGAGACGGAGCAGCUGACCCUGAGGGUGCGGGAGUUUUACGGCGAGUGUACCCUGCCUGAGGAGGCGGGGCUGGGGGCGGAGCCAGCAGACAAAGGGGUGGAGUUCCUGCAGGUGCUACUUGACUUUGUUUGUAAUGUUGGUGAUUGAUACCAAGAAAGUACAAAUACGAAUGUGCUGAUAGGAUCAUGGAUAAUAGGCACAAAUCUGUGAACUCAGAAGAGGCUCAUAUUUCUGGUAAGUUUCUGCCAAACUUCGCAAGUCAGGGUUGGUGAUGUUAAGGUCACCUCCCUUCCUUCUGAGUGUUUCACAGAAACUUCAGUGUUACUGCGAAAACAUGACACCAAACCCCAAAGACAGAAAAAGCUGUCAAGGUCUCAUUGCGGUCUCUGCCGAGGUUUGCACAAAGUUCACAAUCAGAUGCUAUCUUUGAGGUUCUGAAAUCUUCCGGUGCGUGCAGUAUGCACUGGGGCUCUCUAGGGGGCACUGUUUUUCACUGUGGGCUCCGCUUGGCAUCAACGCCUCGCGUUUUGUUCAGAAAAGGUGCAGAGUUUCAGAUACAGGCAGGUGUGGCUCUGACUUUUAGACCCGUUUGCCGGCAUGAUGGUGGAGAAGAGCAGCAGGGCAUUGUGGGAAAAGGCAGGAGGAACUUUCAUCUGUCAUUUGGUUUUAGGGGCCCCCCCAGUCGCCUUAUUGCUAUUCCCCCCCAAGCCGUAAGGGUGAGGUUUAGCACAUCACGUGUCACACUGGGGAGGGGGUUCUAAAAGGUCGCCUCUCCUCCAUCAGAAAUGCCCCCCACCCUAUUCGCUUCCCCAGGCUCUGACCCAGUCUCCCCCUGCAGAUC